AUGCAAUGUGAGCCCAACACAUUAAUCCAGUGUGACACAACUGCUGAAGACCUGGACAGAGUCACCGAGAGAAGAGUAGAAGAAGUGAUGAAGAGUGGAUUUGAAGUGGAAACCGAGAGCAGUACUAAUUCAGGAAUUCAAUCAGGGACUGAAGAUGAGAUGGAGACAGAAAAGAUACUAUCUGAUGUCCAGGUAAAGUUUGAAACAGAUGGUGGAGAAGUGAGGGAGUUACAGAGAAGAGACACUAAGACAGAAGAGAAGGGGACGGACAGAGAUGAGUCAGUGAUGCUUCACAAGGACAGGGAAGAUGAGACAACUACAGAGGACUCGGGGAGAGAGAGCUGUCCCACACCGACGUCCCUGGAGUGUGAGGCAAGAGGGUCAGAGGUGAACGUGUCCUUUCUCCAUCUGCACCAUGGCAACGGGCAACACAAGCGGGCCAAUCCUGGGCCUGACCAUGACACACAUGGAUCGAAAACAUCCCAUGACUGGGUUAAGAAGACUGAAACCCUGACGUCCGACCCAAGAGUAAAGGCUUCUGGGAAGCUGAGCACAAACGAGAGGACGCAGAUGCUUGAGAAGGCAGAGCAAGCCAAGACACUGGUUCUGACUAUGGUGUAUCAGGACGGAGCCACACAGUUGGACCCAGAGCAGAAGCUCCCUCCAGCAGUGUGUGGCCUCCUGGUGCUGAUGAUCGGGGAGCAUCUGGACCUCAGCACAGCGGAGGAUUCUCUGGGGCCAAACGACAGCCUGGUCUAUUUAAAACUGUCUGAACAAACACCUGCAUGGGCCCAGCAACACAGCCUCCAGAGCCAGGAGCUCUUCACUAGGGAUAUGCUGCUACAGGUUCUUUCAAGACGUCAACUGGUGGUGUGUUAUAAAGCAAAGGAUUUGCUUCGUACGGCUCUGCAGUUUUACAAAGGAGAACUAACCUCGAAACAAGUGGCAGGCUGUCGUAUCCAGGACCCACAGGUGUCAGGUUGGCUGCUGGAUCCUGCAGAUUCCUCCUCUUGCUUCCAAGAUCUUCUCAAUAAACACUGCAAAACACCCAGAACAACACCUGCCCUGGGUGCAAAGAGGGUUUCUCAGAUCAUCUCCAGCCUCUCAUCCCUCUUCUGGCUUAACAUGGAGCUAUGCUCUAAACUGCAGAACCAGAAGCUGUGGGAGCUUUACUCCGACAUGGAGCUGAACAUGAUCCCUGUCCUGGCAGCCAUGGAGAGUCAUCACAUCCACGUGGACAAGGAGGCUCUGAAGAGACUGUCAGACCUGUUGGGGAUUAAGAUGAAGCAGCUGGAGCAGGAGGCCCACAGAGCAGCAGGACAAAUAUUCCUGGUCAACAGCAGCACUCAGCUACGAACAGUCCUGUUUGAGAAGCUGCGGCUCCACGAGCUCUGCGAGAACAAGAAACUUCCAAAGACCAUCAGCACACAGCAGCAGUCCACAUCAGAAGCUGCAUUGUUGCAGCUUCAGGACCUGCAUCCUCUUCCAAAGCUCAUUCUGGAGUACAGACAGAUUCACAAGAUCAAGUCCACUUUUGUUGAUGGGAUUCUCUCAUGCAUGAUGAGCAAGAACUACAUUUCCUCUACAUGGUACCAGACGAGCGUUGUGACUGGAAGAAUCUCUGCAAAACACCCAAACUUCCAGGCGUUGCCCAGACAGCCUCUUCAAAUCACCAAGAAGCAGUACAUCCAAGGAAAGGAGGAGGAGGUGGUGACAGUUCACCCCCGAGCCAUGUUCAUCCCUCAGAAGGGCUGCACCUUCCUCGCUGCAGACUUCUGCCAGGUGGAGCUGCGUCUCUUAGCUCAUCUCUCCUCCGACCCUGAGCUGCUCCGUGUUUUUACCAACCCCCAAGCUGACGUCUUUACCAUGCUGGCCUCUCAGUGGAAGGGGAUGAGUGAGGGUGAGGUGACCUCUGAGGAUCGGGAACACGCCAAGCGCAUCGUCUACUCUGUUGUGUACGGGGCAGGCCGCGAGCGCCUCUCAGGGAUCCUGGGUGUGAGCGCCCAGCAGGCCAGUCAGUUCCAGGACAGUUUCCUCCAGACCUACAGAGAAGUCCAGUCCUUCAUCCAGAAAACCAUCCAGCUGUGUCACAAACAAGGUUAUGUGUUGUCCAUCAUGGGUCGUCGGCGAACCCUCCCCAACAUCAACUCUCCAGAUUGGGGAAUCCGCAUGCAGGCUGAGAGGCAGGCUGUGAACUUUACAGUCCAAGGUUCUGCUGCUGAUCUCUGUAAAGUGGCCAUGAUCCGGAUCUUCAACCUGGUGUCCACCACCUCGCUCACCGCCAGGCUGAUAGCGCAGCUCCACGACGAGCUCCUGUACGAAGUGGACGACUCACAGGUGGAAAACUUUGCAGCGUUGGUGAAGAGCACCAUGGAGUCCCUGCAGCACAUCGACCAGCUGGGCGUCCAUCUCAAGGUCCCUCUAAAGGUGGCGGUCUCCAGUGGGAAGUCCUGGGGGUCCAUGACGGAGCUUAAGAUCCCUUCAGCAUCUCCUUCUCUUUGAGUCCUUCCUCCUCUCUUCCUUCCAUCGUUACCUUUCCACUACACCAUCGUUCAAAAAGACACUUGACUGUCAACCCCUCCCCCCCUCUAUCUCUCUUGGUGCGUUCCCAUCUUCUCGUUCCACCUCUUCCCUCGUCCUGCAUCCACAUCGCUAUGGAAACCAGGCAGCUGCAGCUCCUUCCAGCUCCAAAUUCGCGCUUCCACUCCAUCCGUAUCCGGGGGCAACGGCAGGAGCCACAGACUGGAUUGCACCAGUUCUCUCUCUCUCUCUCUCUCUCUCUCUCUCUCUCUCUCUCUCUCUCCAUCCUUAAAAAAAAAAUCCUCUUCCUACUCGUCUCCUCCUCCGUUUUCACACUAUCUCGUUAAGACCAACACUGUUUUCUCUGCCUCGUUGCCAAGGUGAAGCUCCGCAUUUGAGGGAUAUUUAUGGGUUCAUGAAAUUGGCUUUUAAAGCAGUUCGGCUACU